CAUAUAGUAGAAAAGUUACCACAGCCUAAUGAAUUGCAAUAUGAUUAUAAAGUCGUGGUAGAUGCUCUCUUUGGCUUCAGUUUUAAGCCUCCUGUUAGAGAAGAACUGAAACCUGCCCUGGAUGCCUUAAUUGAAGGGGGAUUACCAGUCUGCAGUGUUGAUAUUCCAAGUGGCUGGGAUGUAGAAAAGGGCCCAAUUUCUGAGAAGUUCUUAAAACCUGCUUUGUUGAUAUCAUUGUCAGCUCCAAAGCAAUGUGCUAAGCGCGAGUUUAUUGACACAGCCAAGCAUUUCUUAGGUGGCCGUUUUCUGCCACCAGGUAUUAUUGCCAAAUAUAAUUUAAUACUACCUGAAUAUCCAAACCAAGAUCAAAUUGUGGAAAUUUGUUAAUUUUAUAUCAAAUGUACAUAGUUAUUGUUUAUGAGCUUAAUAGCUAUAUAAAUAAAGAUUUAAUGAGACUAA